AUGCUGCUGGGGAGCACCGCGCGGUUUAAUUAUUUCACCACCGCCGAGUGGCUUGCGAACCGCACCACCGCCGAGAUGGCGGCCUACCGCCUGAUCAUCAGCCUCGAUGAGCUGCUUCUCCCUCCGCACCCUUCGGAUGACGGGGCGGGGGGCGAAAGGCCGAAUGAACUUCAUCUUCACCUCCACAAGGUGUUUUUUAAAACAGACGAGGCCCAAGGCGUCAUCGCCCUCGCGCAGCGGAUCGCGACGGAGGUUGGGAUUUCCCUCCAGGUUCAUCCUUCCCGGACGAAUUAUCAUCAUCGUGACCUGCGCUUCGAGCAUGAGGUCUUCGCCCACCGCCAACUCCCUGCGAUCACCUUUUCCGCCCAUCGCGCGCACCGUCCGGAGCAAUUCCUGCGCGGAAUUCGCCAGCCACUCCUGGAGGUCCCCCCUUUUGACAACAAAAAACCCAAAGUCGACCCCAACGAUGAAACCCCUAAAAAAAAUAAUCCGAAAGCGGCCCUCUCCUUGCCCACGGCGGCGCUGCGUGCGCUGGAGCGGACGGUGACUUUUUUGGACCACUUCAUCGUCGCCCUGCUCAAAGGGGAGGAGCGUGCGGCGUUCCCGCCCGAGGGGGAAACUAACGCGGGGGAACCCGCGCAAUGGGCCCUGGAAUACAUCACGGGGCAGCUUUGCUUCGCGGCCGCGGCGAUUCGCUCGCCGGUGGCCCACGGCGGGCGCGAUUUACAGCGCUACGUCAAGACGAUCGAACAGCAAAUUCGGCAGCUCGCCGCGAUCCCUCGCACGGCGAAUUCCCACCAUUUGGCCAUCUCGCAGACGAUCAUGUCCACUUCGAUCCCUUUUCGCCCGAAUGGGAUCGAAUUUUUCGGGCCGUAUGAGCAAAUCCUCACCGUUUACGCGGCGAAAAGUCUUCUAUUCGAGAUGGGCAGCGCCAUCGUGGUGGGGGCGGUGGUGACUCUCUUCGCACUGAGCGAGUUUGGGGUUGAUGGCUUACGUCAAAUCCUCUUCGGCGAGGACCCAAAUAAUGCCUCUAAAUAA